UUGGUCUCAUACGUGCAAAGGAGUGCUCUCUGUCUUGCAGACAGAAAGUUAUAAACAGGAGCAGCAAAGGUCCGGGCGGGUACGAGGAGCUCAUAGCAGCCACAUCCCCCUCCGGACCCCAGGAUGGCCCUUCCUGUGGGCAGGCACUCAUAGCAGUCAGAGAUGGCACCAGACAUGUGGUUCUUCUCCGUGAUCGUUGGAUUGCUGACAGCAGCCCUCUCAGGUCACCCUUCUCCAGCACCAUCUGACCAGCCCAGCACCAGCCAUGCAGAGAGCCAGCGCUUGGAGCCAGGACAGCGGCUCGGGGUCCGCCUGGUGAACGGGAGCAGCCACUGCAGUGGGACCGUGGAGGUCUGGCUCGAGCUGUCCUGGGAGCCUGUGUGCGGGGCGCUCUGGGACAGCCUGGCCUCUGAAGCUGUGUGUCUCGCCCUGGGCUGCGGGGGGGCCUGGGAAACCACACAGGCCACCUUGCCGUUCCUGGAGAAGCUGCCUGGGCCAGGCGUGGGGAACUCCAGUGCGGCCCCAAACUCCACACUGGCCCUGGCGCCCGCGAUCCUGUGCAGAAGUCCCGACUGGAAGCUGUGCAAAGUGGUGGAACAUGCGUGCAACAGCAGCAGGAUGCCGGCCAAGGUCACCUGUGCAGAGAACCGCGCAGUGCGGUUGGUGGGCGGCAACAGUCGGUGUGCAGGCCGCGUGGAGAUGCUGGAGCAAGGCCAGUGGGGCUCGGUGUGCGAUGACACGUGGGACCUGGAAGAUUCCCACGUGGUGUGCAGGCAGCUCAACUGCGGCUGGGCGAUUCAGGCCGUGCCUGGCUUGCACUUCGCCCCUGGCCAAGGACCCAUCCACCGGGACCAGGUGAACUGUUCAGGGGAAGAGACCUACCUGUGGGACUGCCCGGGCCUGCCAGGAGACGGGUACUGCGGCCACAAGGAGGACGCUGGCGUGGUGUGCUCAGAGCAUCAGUCCUGGCGCCUGACUGGGGGCCGCGACCCCUGCGAGGGGCAGGUGGAGGUACACUUCCGUGGGGUCUGGAGCACAGUGUGUAACAGUGAGUGGUACUCACAGGAGGCCCACGUGCUCUGCCAGGCCUUGGGCUGUGGCACCAUGGUCAGAAUCCCCAGCGGGCGGCCCCACUCCCUGCCCGGCAGAAUGUACUACUCGUGCACGGGGAAGGAGUCCACCCUGUCCGACUGCUCCUGGCGGUUCAACAACUCCAACCUCUGUAGCCAGUCAAGCGCAGCCCAAGUCCUCUGCUCAGGCUCCCGGAGUCUGCUCAACCUGUCCACUCCUGAAGUCCCUACAAGCGUUGAGCCGGUCACCAUAGAAUCUUCUGUGACCAUGAAAACAGAGGACUGGAAAUCACGGGAACUAAUGCUCCUCAUCCUUUGCAUCAUUCUGGGGAUUCUCCUCCUUAGCCUACUCAUCUUCACAGCCUUCAUCUUCUUGAAAGUUAAGGGAAAAUACGCCCUGCCUGUAAUGGUGAACGACCAGCGCCUACUCAACACCACCCCAGACGGGAUCAACAGCUAUCAAGAUGUUCCCAUCACCAUUCCCAAAGAAGAAGUUCCCCAGCUGCCCAUCCAGGUCCAGGCCCCACUUCCCAAGGACUCGGACUCCAGCUCGGACUCAGAUUAUGAGCACUAUGACUUCAGCGCCCAGCCUCCUGUGGCCUUGACCACCUUCUACAAUUCUCAGCGUCACCGCGUGACGGAGGAGGAGGCCCAGCAGAACCGGUUCCGGAUGCCCCCCUUGGAGGAAGGACUGGAAGAGAUGCGUCCUUCCGAGAUCCCACCGGUCGGCGCCGGACACUACACGGCAGACGCCCCAUCCAUGGGCUCUCGGCACCGCCCCAGGAGCAACAGUGGGUCCAGCACCUCCUCUGGGGAAGAUUACUGUAAUAGCCCCAGCAGCAGGCUCCCUCCAUGGACGCCUCAGGUGUUCUCUGCGGAGAGAAGCCCCCUCGUGGAGCAGCACCCCAGCCUGGAGCUAGCUGGCUCCCGAGGUACUUUUUCAGCAGGGCCCUCGGCCGAUGACAGCUCCAGUACCUCCUCCGGAGAGUGGUACCAGAACUUCCAGCCACCGCCCCAGCCCCCCUUGACGGAGCAGUUUGAGUGUCCAGGGUCCCCCACCACGCGGCCUGAGUCCCUUGACAGUGAGGACUACGACGACAUCGGUGCAGCCUAGGCUGGGCCCAGCGAGGCCCCAGGGGGCUCCCUUCUGUGGGACUCCUGCUCUCCCUGCCCCCACUCUCCCACCCCGCCCUCCCACAUCGUCCCCCAGGGGUUCACAGGCCUUCCCUGGAGAGAUCUAGGGAAAGUGCUCACCCUGCCCUCACUGCUCAGUCUCCAUCCAUCAGACAGAAGCUACUGGCCUCACCCUCCCUCGGCCCCAAACAGCCCCAAGGUGGAGGGUGCUGCCUCCGAGAGGUAGUGAGCUCUCUGUCUCAGGGCUGGAUGAGCAACCUGAGCCAUUCUCAGCGGCUGCGAGGAGGGGUUGAACUGAAUGACUCCUGAGGCCCCUCCUGAUCCUCGGCCGUCUGAGUCUCAGCUCAGGGCCCGGAGGUACUGAGAGAGCAGAAAGGGGCCCCAUCCCAGGGCUGCUCACCAGACUCCCUCUGGAGAUGCUGGGAACCCACCAGAGCACAGCCCUGUUCUGCACGGACAGUGCCUGGACAGAAGAUCCUUACUCUGAGCUUCCUGUGGCUUCCAAAGAUGGCCCUCGCCCAGCUGCCCCAGAGACUCAGAGUCGGGCCCCCGGCCCCGCGGGAGCAGAAGCACAGAGUCGUCUGCCAGGAGGGGCCCAGAGGCUGCACUAAGCCCCGGUGCUCAUCUGUCUGCUUGGAUUCCUGGGAGCUUCCCCGAGGAGCACGUGACUAUGGCGGUGUCUCUCCCAGAGCCACGGAUGUGUCCAGGCGGCCUCCAGAGAGAGGCCCAAGGGCUCAGAGCCGGCUGCCGGUGUCCUGGUCUGAGUGUCCUGAGAUUAAAGUCAUUGUUGAAUAAA